AUGACGCGGGGCGGGUCAGGGUACCAGCGCAGCAGCAUGGAGCGGUCGAUGCUGGGGGAGAGCCUCCGUGAGCGCAUGUGCCCCGCGCUCAUGGUGCUCUCGACCGCCGCCGCUGAGGCUGCCUGCCAGAAGAACGCGCUGAGCUUCGUCGACCUGCUCCGCCCGCACUGCGAGUUCUCCAACCUCAACGUGCCCGUGCGCACGGCGGGCGAGCAUUCAUACCGCCUGCACGACUUUCGCGUGCGAGUAUUCUAUGCUAGCGAAAUCCAGCAACCGUCCCAAGAGGCAGCAGAAGAUUUUUGUGUGCGCUUUGUGACAAACGCGAGUGAGGCGGCAGACGCAGAGCUGAUGGGGGCAGACCCGAGCGACCUCAACUCCAUCAUUGGCAUGGCCAAUGCGGAGAACCGGACUUGUUGGUUUCAGCGUUUUACCGACGAGCUCAUGCGCACACUCGUCUUUUCUGACCACGAGACCUUUGAUCAUCCCAUUGCGUGUCUGCUGGUCGCCUCCACGUCAGAGCCCUUCCCUGUGCGCGCCUUGCGUGAGCUCAUGACUCCCGAGCGCCUGCCUGCGCUCUACCGUGACGGCACCAUGGACCCCAAGCUGCACCUGCACUACCUCCUCCUGCACGACUGCUCCUCCCUCGGCCCUCCCUCCACCUCCUCUCAAGUCGAGCUCACUAUAGCUGAGAUGCGUGCUGCUUUUGGCAGCCCUGUCUGCCGCUUGUUGCCUAUCAACUCUGCCGCUGCUCCCAGCCAGUCUCGGCCUGACAUCUGGACCAAGCACCGCCCUGUCCCCGUUGGAGGGGUCGCACCGCCUCCUCCUGCCGGCACUGCGUUGCCACAGAGCCCCUCAGGUCCGCCGGUGUCAGGGGCGGUGGGGCAGUAUAUGAGUGAGGCGGACGUGAGGGAGGUGGCGGACAUGAUGAUGGAGCUCAGUGUGAAGCACCUCGUACCUCACCUCGAGCGAAAGGCGCGAGACCUCAACCAGCAGAUCUCAGCCAGUCGUCGUGGGCUACGCAACCAGAUCAAGAACUUGUGGUUUGGCAAGGGGAAGGAAGAGUCGGCAGACGCCACACCCGGCGUCUACACCUACCGCUCGCCUGAGUCUCAGAUCCGCCAGCUGGCGGACGCAGCCAUGAUGCUGCAGGACUUCCAGCUUGCGCUGGACAACUACCGGCUCGUGGCGGCAGACUACCGCAGAGACAAGGCGUGGAAGCACUACGCUGGGGCGCAGGAAAUGGUGGCAGUGUCACUCUUUCUCUUGGAGAUUUCUCGAAGGGAAAUGGAGCAGUGCAUGGAGAGCGCUUACGCCUCAUACCAGCGCUGUGGUCCACUGGGAGCCCGCUUUGCCCUCAGAACAGUCUUCUGGAUGAUUGGGAUGUUUAAGGCUAAGGGAAACUUCCGAGAUGCUGCACUCACCCUCAUGCGUGCAUCUUUGGAGGAGAGUGGAGUGAAGGCAGCAGUGUUGUUGGAGCAGGCAGCUGUCUGCUUUGUGCGAGUGACGCCUCCCAUGCUGCGCAAGUACGGCUUCCACAUGGUGCUCGCAGGCAACCGAUACAACCUCGCCUCCCAGCGAAAACAUGCCAUGCGGGCGUAUAAGUGUGUGGAGGGCGUGUAUCGUGACAAGGGCUGGAACUUCAUCCUAGACCACUGCAACUUCACGCUUGGCAGGCUUUCAGCAUACCUUGGCAGCUACAACGGGGCGGUGGUGUAUUUUGUCCGCUUGCUGGCGUGCGCCCACCAGUCUGCCGCCAUGCAAGCCACUUUCCUGCGAGAGUUCCUCUAUGUGGUGCAGGUAGGUGAUCAGGGCGGGGUGUUGGCAGAUGGAGCAGUGCAGUCAAAGGACAAGCAGGGAGCGUUGGAGCUGCCGCUGCCACACGUCAACACACAGAAGGUGUACGUCCACUUUGAGGACCACCGCAUCUUCGCAUCCCCUGCCUCUGAGGAGCUCCCAGAGUCAUUUUGGUCGGCACUGGAGGAGGGGGUGGUGCCGCCAGCAGCAGCCAUGGUGGUGCCCACGUGGCUGGACGCGCCCUCCAAGACACGCGCAGGGGCGCAUGACACCAUCGCCACCAACACCUGUGUCGCAGGGGAGGACAUUGGAGUGGACGUGGAGUUUUGGAACCCUCUUCAGAUUGCCCUGCAGAUAUCUGGCGUGCAUCUGCUCUGCCAUCACUACGACACCUCCUCCUCCUCCUCCUCCUCCACCACCACCACCACCAGCUCUGGCACCGGCACUGCAGCAGCCAAUGCCCCAUCCUCCCCAGCCUCUCACUUGGGCGCAUCACCUGCAGCAGUGCCUUCCGCGUCGCCCUCUGCUGCUGGUGACCUUGCUUCUGAUGCUCCCACCUCUAGCCACAGCCGGCCCACAUCACCAAAUGCCGCUGCUAAGGAUGGAUCAGGGCUGGUGCGUGCAGCAAGCUCUCCCGUUCUGGAUCAAGCAGAGAGCUCAGAGUCACUGUGGGAGAGCUCUGGGCGUGACGACGGGAGCGCAUCUCGAAAGAGUCAAUCCCAAAGCGACCUUGCGGCAGACGACCCUGCUCUCUUCCUGCACCCUCUCGCUGAUACCACCACCGGUGAUGAGGACCAAGGCAAGGGUAGUGAGGAUGAUGGGAAGCGUGCUCUUGCCAAGGGAACAGAGGGAAGCAAUCUGCAGCAGCAGGGCAGUGGAGCUGCUAACCAGUCAGCACUAACUGGAGGAGCAGAUGGAAGGGGGAGCAAGAAGGCAGGAAAGGUAGAAGCGGGGAAGGAGGAGAAGGGCAAGGAGGGCAACAUGCAGAGUGCCAGUGCAGCAGCGGCUAUUGCUGGUAGCGGAUUGACAGAGCCGUAUGUGGCUGAGAAGACUGCCUUUGCCUUGAAGCCGGGUGAACGUGUCACAGUGCGUCUGAAGGUGCGGCCAUGCCGUGUGGGCGUGCUGCACAUAUUCGGUGUGGAGUGGGCCAUCACCAGCGAGGGCCGCACAGCCGUCAGCCGCUCGCUCUUCGACAUCAAGGCACCUCCCAAGCGCAAGGGCAAGCCCUCACGCCAACUGCCCACCCACCAGCGCCUGCACUUCCAUGUCAUUCCGGAGAUGCCACGAGUUCAGGCGGAGCUAGAGGGUAUGCCAGAGGAGGCAGUGGAGGGGCAGCUUUACCGCUUGCAACUCAAGCUCACCAACACAUCACAUGUGCCGCUUAAGCGCCUAAAGCUGCGCACAUCCCACCCAGCCUGCCUGCUGCUGGGCGACCCUGCAGACCGCAAUGCCCGCCUGCCUGCAUGCCUGGAGCAGCAGCAAGUGGACGAGGGGGAAGCCACAGGUGGAGUUCAGGGGACUAAAAGAACCAGCGGUGGUGGAGGAGGGAGUGGGGUGGUGGCGGCAGAGGGAGGGUUGCCUGUGGAGCGCAGUCGGAGUGUGACAGACCCGCAGGGAGAUCACGGCAGUAUGAAGAAUGGCUUCAUCUUCUCCUUCCCAUCUCGGUUCAUCCUGGAAGGAGGAGCAUCGCUGGUGUGGCCCCUCUGGCUGCACCCUCUUGAUACAACCUCUCUGGACCUUGGCCUUGUUGUCUUCUUCGAACCUGCCCAUGCGAGUGGUGCUGCUGGAACUGCCUCUGCUGCUGCCACUUCUGUGGGCAGCAUUCUUGGGGGCGUGGGCCCUGGGAGUGGGGCAGAGGGAGGGUCGUUCCCUCCUCCUCUCCCCACACACCACCACUCGCAUCAAUCCCACGGCCAUGGGCAUGGACAUGGGCAUCACUCACACCAUCGACCAUCGCAGCAUCAUCCGUCUCACCUCUCCUCGCACGCCCCCAUGACCUUUCGUACCUUGCGUCUGCGACAAACAAUCACGAUCCACCCGUCCCUGCACGUGUCACUGCGCAUAGCUCCCAGCAACGCGGACAUCGCAUGCUACCUGCUCCGCAUGGACGUGGAGAAUCACAACCACAGCCGCACCUUCUGGCUGCGCCAGGUCUCCUGCCCAGGCUCCCACUGGCGCCUCGCUCCCCUGCAACCCGCCCAACCACGACAACCUUCCCUCACUUCUUCUGCUGCUGAUUCUGGUUCGUCGAAUCUGGACGGCCAGAGGCAGCAGCAACAGGAGAGCGAGCUGGAGGAUGAGGAGCAGCAGAUGAGUGGGGCGUUGCUAUCUGCAGCACUGGCUGCACCCCAGAUCCUGCCUCCUGGCCAAGGCACCUCACUCUUCUUCCACAUUCAGGAUUUCGCCUCGUCAGCCAAGAACGAGCGCGCGGACAGGGAGAGCUUCAAGAGUGAUGCGAGGAUGGGGGGGCAGGCGGAGCCUCUCAUUGACAUCCGCAGAGACCCCUUGCACGCCCUGCACCUCAGGGAACGAGUGUUCCAGGCUCUCCCUCCCCCAGAUCCCGUCACCAACCCUGACGCCCCUCCUCCGAAGCAACCUCUGCACAUCUCUCUGCACCACUCCCGCUUCAACACCGCUCGCCCCAGCUCCGUUCCUCUCUCCCCCCGCGGCCAUUUCACCCCCAGCCGCCCACCUUCCUGGCCCACUCCCCCAGGAGGAGGGGGAGCGGGGGGGACGGGGAGCCCUGGGAUUGGCUCACGGCCCGUUUGGCGCUCAGGCAGUGGGGGAGGGGGAGGCACAGGGGGAGGGGGAAGUGUGCGUGGGCAAGGGGGUGAACUACUGGAUGUGGUACUUUUGUGGGAGUAUCAGGAGCAGGGGCCAGGGAAUGGGAGUGAUGGUAGGGCUGCUGCUGCUGGUGGGGUUGCCGGUUCCGCAUCUGGAUCAGAUGUGCCUUCCCUGGUUUUACCUAAAAGUGCGAUAAGUAGCAGCAGCAAGACAGCGUCUAGCGAAGAUGAUACUAACGCGAGCGACAGGAACGUGAAUAGGGUGUGCAUAGGGACGCAUCAUAUCUGUAAUUGCCAGGUAGGCCCAGCUUACGGUGUCUCCUCUGUUGCUGCUGCGACUGCAAGUGCUAGCACAAGUGCAGGAGGAGGAGGAGGGGGAACAGCUAGUGGGGCUGCUACAGGAGCAGCAGCUUCUGCAGGGAGCGGCUCAGCAGCAGACAAUGCUUCUGCCGCCAAUGCUGGUUCCACUGCUGCAUCUGCUGCUGUGCGAUGGAGAAUGGAUGGGCCAUCUUAUCUCCAGCACGACUUCUCGUCCAACCCCACCUGCCCCGUCUCUCUCACGCUCCUCCUCCGAAACUGCUCCUCCUCCCCUGCCUCUGCUGCUGUCCACACGUUCGACCCGGCACUGCUGCCUGCUGUGGAAAAGAAUGUCAAUGCGUCCACUCUGGGCUCGAAUCUGCCUGAGAAAUCUGGCUUUUACUGCCCCAACAACUUGGAUGGCCAGGACGGCGGCACAGUAGCGAGUCCUCGAAGCUUCGCAGGAGGUUUCUCAGGUGGAGGUGGUGUGCUGGGUGGUGAUGAGGUGGCGUGUGGCACAGCAGCGUGUGGACCGUACAUGUGGGCCGGCCAGACUGCCAUGCAAAUUCCCAAGCUUGCUCCAGGGGAGGAAACUAGUGUGAAGCUCACAGCACUGGUGUUCUCUCCUGGUGUGUACAAUUUCUGGAGUUACCGUGUUGCCUGGAGUGCUGAUGCCAGUGGAGGUGAAGCUGGAGGCAAGACAGGCCAAUCUGCGGCUGCCAAAGACAGCAGAGGCAAAGUUCCAGCGAAGGAAGCUGGCGGCAAGAAUUCGAGCAAGCGUGGCUCACACACGGAGUCUUCUAAGAGUUCAAGGGAGGAAGCUCAAGAAAUUGCUCAGAGGCUUGUGACAGGCUGUGCAGCCAUGCUUCAUACAACUGCUGGUGUUGGUGCUGGUGAUGACGACCAUGUCGUCGAGUCCGUCUUCGCGUCGCGUUACACUUCUGCGAGUGUUCCCAAGUACCACAUUCCCAAGGAGGGUAUUCCCAAGGAGGCGGCGUAUCAGAUGAUUCACGACGAGCUGCUGCUGGAUUGCAAUCCGCGGCUCAACCUGGCGUCGUUUGUGACCACGUGGAUGGAACCCGAGUGCGACCAGCUCGUCAUGGAGUCCCUCAAUAAGAAUUACAUCAACAUCGAAGAGUACCCGGUUACCAACGAACUCCAGGAGCGCUGCGUGAACAUCAUUGCGAAUCUUUACAACGCGCCUCUUGGGGACGGGGAAGGCGCAAUUGGCGCGGGGUGCGUGGGUUCGUCGGAGGCAAUUAUGCUGGCAGGACUCGCGUUCAAGCGCAAGUGGCAGGAGAAGCGAAAGGCACAGGGGUUGCCGUACGAUAAGCCCAACUUCAUAUGCGGUUCCGAAGUCCAGGUGUGCUGGGAGAAGUUUUCUAAUUACUUCGAGGUGGAGACCAAGUUCGUGAAUGUGAAGGAAGGGUCAUUCGUGAUGGACCCGCACGAUGCCGUGGAGGCUGUUGACGAAAACACCAUCUGCAUCUGUGGCAUUCUCGGAUCCACCUAUAACGGGGAAUUUGAGGACAUCAAGCUUCUGAACGAUUUUCUUGUGGAAAAGAAUGCCAAAACCGGGUGGGACACGCCGAUUCACGUGGAUGCGGCGAGCGGGGGGUUUGUGGCGCCGUUUCUGUGGCCGGAGCUGGAGUGGGACUUCCGGCUGCCCACGGUGCGGUCCAUCAACGUGAGCGGGCACAAGUACGGGCUCGUGUACCCCGGCGUGGGGUGGGUGGUGUGGCGCAGCAAGGCCGACCUCCCCGAGGACCUCAUCUUCCACGUCAACUACCUGGGCGCGGACCAGCCCACCUUCACGCUCAACUUCUCCAAAGGCUCCAGCCAGCUGAUCGCACAGUAUUACCAGUUUGUCCGCCUUGGCUUUGAGGGCUACCGCAAGAUCAUAGGCAACUGCCAGACGAACGCCAUGUAUCUGAAGAAGGCCAUCGAGGACAUGGGGUGCUUUGAGAUCCUCUCCAAGGAUGUUGGUGUGCCACUCGUCACCUUCGCUCUUAAGGAGAAGAAUAGCAAUUUCAACGAGUAUGACAUUGCUGAUGUGCUGAAGCAGUUCGGGUGGAUCAUCCCCGCCUACACCAUGGCACCUGAUCUUGAACACGUUACAAUGUUGCGCGCUCUCGUCCGAGAGGACUUCUCUCGCUCGCUUGCGGAUCGCUUCCUGAACGACCUGCGCAUGACAGUAAAGAUGCUGGAGGACAGGGGCGUGGGUAUGCCCCGCACCAAAUCCACGGCUGAGGCCGCUGCUGCUGCGGUUGCCUCGGUGCCCGAACAUAAGCCCAUUACAGUAGAGGUUCCCAAGCCUGGAUCCAAGCUGGCACGUGACCUGGCAGCGGAUGAGUUGUAUGUGCUGUCGCCGCUGGCAGGCACACGGCUGAUGCCCCCCAGUAAGCUGGAGCACAGCCACUCUAUGGACUCGUCUGCGCUGCGCCAGCGCACCUUCAGGGUGUUCAAGAAGAACAGCAUUGCCAAGACCAACGGGGUGGGUGGCACAGGUGGGUGGCACAGGUGGGUGACACAGGUGGGCGGCACAGGUGGGUGGCACAGGUGGGUGGCACAGGUGGGUGGCACAGGUGGGCGGCACAGGUGGGUGGCACAGGUGGGUGGCACAGGUGGGUGGCACAGCGCACUCACCUGGGUGAAGAGCAUCUCAGCCUCGUCCGCUCGUCCCUUCUCAAAAGCUGCAUUGCCGCGACCCUUCAACUCCAGAGCUGCAAGAUUCGUCUCCGCGCUGCCCCCCGCGCACUGCCUCUCCAGCAGCCGUGCCGCGUGCGCCGCCGUGCUGCAGUGCCGGAUGAUCGUCUGCGACGGCAGCAGCACCAGAUUGGGGCCUGCUCCGCACCGCCCUAUAGGGCUCAUUCAGAAGCAUGUCACAGCACAGCCUGCUCGCUGCUCGUCCAAGCUUGGCCCAUCGGACGACUCUUUCCCCGAGUCCUCUCAAACCCCGGAUGAUACAUUCUCAGGCGACAAGCUUGGCGAAACACAAGCAGAUUCGCCAAUCGGCAAGCUGUCCAAUCCGAACGAGUCCAACUCCAAGGGUCGUCAACCAGAUGAUUCCAGCGACGCAUCCGUGAGCAAAUACCUCGCCAAGGAGCCUGAACCUGAGGCAAAUCCGUCAGAUGAAUCCGACGAGCCAUCCUCGCGGCCCAGCAGCUUGUCAGACCGCGCCAAGGAGCGCUUGCAACGGAUAGAAGAAGCAGCCGCUGCCGCGAAAUCCGGAAGCGAUCCUUUCAAGGGAAUGGUGGCCGUGGCAGCCCAACGGCUGCAAGACUAUUUCGAUAAGACGAGCCUGGUCGGGGGUGCAGGGGGGUUUGGUCAGGAAGCGGUUGGAUUGAGGGGUGAGGAGGUGGAGGGGGAUGAUGGGAGCGGGGAGACGGCGUGGCAACGGUGGGAGAGGGUGUUUGGAGAGGUGGAGGAGCGAGAAGCCAUGCUGACGAGUCUGCAGUUUCAACUGGACGACCUGGUGGGAGACGAGGACUUCACGGCAGCCGCCAAGCUGCAGGCCGCCAUCCGCGCGGUGGAGGACCAAGACGCCAUGGCUGCCGUUUUCAGAGAGCUCAAGGCGGCAGUGGCGGAGGAGAGGUACGGCGAUGCCAAACACCUUCGCGACGAUGCUGGGGCUGGCCUGGUGGGGUGGUGGGCGGGCCUGGACGAGAGUGGGUCAGCAGACCCCUUUGGGCGGCUGGUGCACGUGUCACAGCAGCACGGCAAGCUGCUCGCCAAGUCGUACACUGCCAAGCAGCUGUCCGUGGCAGGGCAGGGCAUUCCCAUCUUCGAGGUCUAUGUGGCUCGCAAUGCCGCCAACCCCAAGCGAUACGACCGCCAGGCCGUGUACCUCCACCAUGAGACAGCCACCAUGCAGGCCAAAGGCGCUUCCACCACCACCACAAACCCUCCGCCAAGCACCUCUGCUUCGAACAGCAGCAGCGCUUCCGAUGCUGCCCCCUCGUCUUCGUCCCCAUCAUCAUCAACAUCCGCGUCCGCGCCAUCCACGUCACCAUCCAGCGUGCAAAGGGUUCAGGAUGCUGUGUCGUUCAGCUGGGGAAAGAAGCAAACAGCAGAGGAAGGCAAAGUGGGUGGUCCAGGCACAGGGGCAGGAGCAGGGGAGAAGGGAGGCAUUUCAUCUCAAUCCCCUGCAGAUCCAGCCUCGGGCCAGACUUCACCUUCACCAGUCCCACCCACCCCUCCUCCCUCUCCCUCCGCUGCCUCCUUCCCUCCCUCCUCCCCUUCCUCUGCCUCCUCUGCCUCCUCUCCCCCCUCGUCUCUCCCACCCGGCGCCGACGAUAGCUUAUCGCGGGUCCUCGAUUUCUUCCGAGAGCGGCUACCAGACGUGAAGCUGCGGGUCUUCCCGGUGGUGUCCCCUGCUGACGUGGCAGCGCCAGACGUGUCGGGCGCGGCGGGAACUGCAGAUAUUCCACGAAUAGUAGAGGAUGUGGUGAACCGGAUAGCGAGGGACAGGGAGUCUGCAGCUGCUGCUGCAGCGGGGGAGGCAGCAGCGUCAGCAGCAGCGGGCGAGGGAGCAAAGGAGGGGGGUUCUGGAAGUGACAGUGAUGCAGGUGAUGGCGUAGAGGUUGGUGAGGGGCUGAAACGAGCAGAUGGAAGCGACGAUGCGAGUGAAGGGAUUGUUCCAGGCAGGGGUGACACGAGUGAAGGGGAGAGCAGAAAGCAGGGACCCAGUAGUGUGACUCCUGAAGCUGAUGGAGGCGUUAGUGAGGCAGUUGAAGUGGGAGAGGCUGCAGCACAGUCUGUACAGGCAGCAGGAGCAGGUACAGGAGCAGGGAGCAGGGUCGGCGGAGCGGACGACCCAAGGCGUGCCAGUCAGCUGCCAGAGCGGGACUUGAGGCGACUGAGGGCGUUCCGAGAGAGAAACGGGAUGCUCGGCGAGGGCUCAGGUGAUAGUAGGAAUUCUAGUGUCAGUGACAGCAGCAACAGCAGCAGCAGCAGCAGCAGCAGCAGCAGCCGAGGAGAAUCAGGCAGGAACGAAGAUUCAGGUGGGCUGGACAGAGAAGGAAGCAGUGGAGGCAGGGGGGGAGUUGGUGGUGGGCAGGGAGAAGGCGGGGCGGAGCGGAGCGACGGUGAGGAAGGAUCGGAGGAUGCAGAGGGGCGGCAGGGCAUUGCCGUGCGCGUGGUGGUGGGGGGGGUGUUCCCGGGGGAUGGUGCGGGGGAGAGCGUGAGCAAGGUGCCUGCGAGGAUAGAGUGGCGAGGCAAGGACGCGUUCGUGCUCACUGUGGAGGACAGCGAGGGUGACGGGGAUGCAGCUAGCAGCAGCAGCGGCAGCACGGGAACAUCUGCCACUGACCCAGAAGCGUCCCAAUCUCCCUCCUCUUCCCCUUCCUCCUCAUCGCAGUCAGCAGCGGUGGCGGCAGCGGUGAGUGAGCGGCUGGCGUCAGCAGCAACGAGGGCAGCGGCCAACCUGAUGCCGGAGGACGUGGCGAAGCAGCUGUGGGGCGUCGACCGCUUCUCAGGACCCGUAAGACCCUUCCCAACCAUAUCACCCCUCUCCUGCAUUCUAUCCUCGCUCCUCCAUUCCUCCAUCUUUCUGCCGUUUGUGAAUUCUGACGUGCGCAUUAUUCGUCCGGCCUCGGCCCUGUGUGGUUCUCAUCAUCACCAUCCCCAUGGCCAGGAGGUGUUCAAGGACAAGGACGUGGCACAGCUGAUCUAUGCCCUAUGCAUGCUGUACCUGUUUCCCCUUUAUCCGUUGUCCCCUAUCCUGCCCUCACCAUCACCAUCAUCUUGCCAGGAGGUGUUCAAGGACAAGGACGUAGCACAGCUGAUCCGCACGGCAGUGCAGCACGUGCAGAGGAGGCGCUACACGCUGCCCCGCACCACCGCCUUCACCCGCAUCCAUGCCGCCGAUGCCUCCACCGACCCCUUUGCUGGAUUGUACGUGGGUGCGUAUGGUCCGUACACUUCCGAGGCUAUUCAGGUCAGGCGUAGGUUCGGCACGUGGGAGGAGCCAGAGGGGGAAGAGCAGGAGAGCCAGGCUGGGAAGGCAGGGGAGAGGGUUGGGGGGAGGAAGAGGCAGGGCGAGCGGGCACUGGUGCCGCCGUUUGAGUACGUGGAGGGGGUGAAGCUCACAGGCGACUUCAAUGUGCCUGCUGGGAAGGUGUCUUUUCGAGCUAAGAUCGGGCGGCAUUGGCAGAUGCCGUUCCGAGGGGUGUACCCUGAUGAGCUGGGUGUGGAGCCCACCACGAAUUAA